AUGACCAGCUCAAACGACGCCACAGCCGGUGACAAGCACAAGCUGGAUGACGCUGGCGAAUCGCGCCCAGCAAAGACCCAGAAGGUGGACGACAAGGGAGACGACAAGGUGCAGACGACUUUGGAUGACGCGGUCACCAGGCAAAAGGCCAGCACAGCAGACGACAACACGGACAAGGACAAGCAAGACGACGACAAGCCGUCUGGUUCCCAGUCCAAGAAUAACACAAGCGAGGACAAUACGGACAAGCAAGACGACGACCAGCCGUCUGAUGCACAGUCCAAGAAUGACAACAACCAGGAUGACACUGCUGUCGAGCCUCACGGCCGCCAGGCAUCUACGCCGUCCAACAUGCUCGAGAAAGGCAUCAUCUAUUUCUUCUUCCGUGGCCGAGUCGGCAUCGAUCACCCAGAGCAGGUCUCCGACAUUGCACGAACCUUCAUGCUGCUCCGCCCUGUUCCCACAGACGCCAAGCUCGGCGACGGUCCCAUUGGCGAUGCUGGCAACUCCCGCCUGAUUGCCAUCCCCAAGAAGAAGCUGCCAAAGACCGGACGUGAUAGGUGGAUCGCCUUCGUGGAAAAGACCGAUGCGAGCUUUGACGAGCUUAGGAAGGACUUCCUCCCUGCCAAUGAUUACGAAACCAAGACAGCCGGUGUCAGACACUCCCCGCCAGCCACACCAAUCGCCCAGGGUGUUUAUGCCUUGACAACAACCGGGCGCGAGAGCCACUUGGCCUACAUGCUUACCCUUCCCCAGGAGCUGGGAGACGUGCAGACAACCAUCGGUCUGAAGGAAAAAGGCAGCUGGAUCCUUAGCACCAGAAACCCACAAUAUCCUGCGCCUAGCAACACUGCGCUUCCCCAGGGCCCAGACUAUUCCAAGGAGAUUCUAGACGAGUUCCGCUCUCUGCGAUGGAUGGGAACAUUGCCCAAGCAUCUAGUUCUGAACGCCCAAUUCCUCUUGGUUGGUGAAUCGUCCGGGAUUGAAAAGGCCAUGGAACCGGACGAAGACGACAAAGACAGCAAGGAAAAAGAGGACCCUAUCGAGGAGAUGGAGGAGCUCGAGCACGAGGAUGUCAAGCGCAUGAAACAUCUUGGAAAGACGGACUCCGAAGCCAUUUUCCUUGAUCUUGAGGCGUAUGCCAAGGACCGUCCACAACUGCAGACCGAGUUCUAG